AUGAGCUCAUACUUUUCAUCCUUCACAUCCUCAUCUGCGAUCUCCGGUCUUGGCUCUCGGCUCACCAAUCUGCGCCGCGUCAUCACCUUAGGCGACGAGAAAGACGACCCCGACAACGAAGACUGCUCCCACAUCUCCAACGCCCUCCGAGCCUACUACACAGAAAAAGCCCGACCAUUUCCCCCAUGGCUCCCCCAAGACCCGAAAGGCCCAGCCCCGGCCCCGUCCCGCACAAUCGCAACGUCACAACUUCCCUCCGCUGGUCAUCCCCAAGGUCAAACAGCUGCCUACCCCGGUCGGAGUAGCGGUCUAGGUGAUCUAUGGGGUGAUUCCGGUCCAGCACAACAACAAAACAUGCCCCAAACAGCCAGUCUACGUCGUGGCCGUGGUGGCAUGGCACCGCCACUCGGCACCGCCAAUAGCGCGCCGUCGGGCUCGUCCCCGUCGCCUACACCGCAACUCACUCACUCCCAGUCACACUCGCCUGCAUACUCACCCGCAUCGUCGGGUAAUCUUCACCCUAAUGGCGCACGACCACUGCCCAGUCAGCGAUCUGGAUCGUCUCAGUCUUCCAGUCGAACGGAGCUCGACCGUGCUGCGUCUGGUGGUGGAUCUGCUCAGGAUCGACUGCGGGCUAGAUUGCAGGGUGGUAGAUCCCCCAGUCCCAAUGUUGAUCCUAGUGUCAGAAAGCCGGUUGGAAUCCCUGGUAGACGAUGA